CAAGUCUUCAACAGUGCUCUUCAAGUGUUAUAAAUAGAGCAUCCUCUCAAGUGUCAUACUCAAGUGGUACACAAUAUUCAUCCCAUUUCAUUAGAGAGAGUAAACAUCUAAACAUGGCAGAACACUUUCGUAUGGUCGUUGCUGUUAUUGGGAAUGUUGCCUCAGUGUCCCUCUAUGCUGCACCAACGGUUACCUUCAAGAGAGUGAUUAGGAAAAAAAGCACAGAGGAAUUUUCAUGCAUUCCAUACAUCAUAGGACUAUUGAACUGUCUCCUUUUCACUUGGUAUGGAUUGCCUGUUGUAAGCAACAAGUGGGAAAAUUUCCCUCUGGUUACAGUUAAUGGAGUUGGGAUUGUUUUUGAACUAUCCUAUGUCCUCAUUUAUUUCUGGUAUUCUUCAGCAAAACAAAAGGUGAAGGUAGCAACUACAGCAAUACCAGUCAUUCUAGUGUUCUGCGCCAUUGCUUUGGUAUCGGCUUUUAACUUCCCUGAUCAUCGUCACCGGAAGCUACUAGUUGGUAGUGUGGGCUUGGGGGUUGCAGUAGCAAUGUAUGCAUCCCCUUUGGUUGCAAUGAAAAAAGUGAUACAAACCAAGAGCGUGGAAUUCAUGCCACUCCCUUUAUCUUUGUGUUCAUUCUUAGCUAGUGUGUUGUGGCUCACAUAUGGACUUCUCAUUCAGGAUAUAUUCGUUGCGGGACCAAGUUUAGUUGGAACUCCCUUGAGCAUCCUGCAGCUGGUUCUCCACUGCAAAUACUGGAAAAGGAGAGAAAUGAAAGAACCAAUUAACAACAAGGUGGAGCUGCACAAAGAGAACAUGGAGAAAUUGGACUUGGAAAAAGGGGGAUUAUUUGAAACGAAGGACAUUGAAGAAAAGAAUGUGACAAUUCUUAAUAAUGAUAUCAACUCCAAAAAUAUGACCAUGUAGUUCUAUUCAGAUUUCAAUUUCUAUGUUUAUUUUUCAAAUUUCCUUAACAUGAAAAAAAAUGUCUACCUCAUUAGAGAAGCUAGCUAUUGAACAAGUGGAUGUAUUCAUGACAUAAAUUUAAGGCACUUCCUAUUUCAUGUC